AACAUAUUUUUUGUUGGUUGCUGUGCGGAUGAGGAUCUAAAAGUGCCUAGCAACUUAGGCUAAUGUUAGUCACGAACGGGAUCAUCAUUUUGAGAUUUAUCAGCCAGUGAAGUAGCAAAGCGUCUUGGCUAAAUCUUGAAUAAUUUCUGUCACUAUGGCGGAGGGAGCGGGGAUAAAUUCAUUUACCUCCAGGGUUACAAAAAGAGUUAGCAAUGUGAAUGCUGCUCCUGCAGCCGCAAACAUGCGACGGAAAAGUCGACAACAAAGUCAAAGGCGGACUACACACAACCGGGUGGUUCUGGAGCGGGUCCUGGGCAUCACCACCUCUAACGGCAGUGGGCUGGCCUGUGACCCCAACACUGGCCUGGUGGCCUACCCAGCUGGGUGUGUUGCUGUAAUCCUGCACCCAAAGAAAAACAAACAGACCCACAUCCUCAACACUUCAAGAAAAACCUUCACUGCCUUGGCCUUCUCUCAGGAUGGAAAGUAUUUGGUCACUGGUGAGAGUGGUCACAUGCCCUGUGUGCGGGUUUGGGACGUGGCCGAGCAGGCCCAGGUGGCAGAGGUACAGUGCCAUAAGUACGGGGUGGCCUGUGUGGCCUUCUCAACCAACAGCAGCUACAUCGUAUCCGUAGGCUACCAGCACGAUAUGACCGUCAGCGUCUGGGAGUGGAGGAAGGGGACGGUGAUAGCGUCCAACAAGGUGUCAAGCAGGGUUCUGUCCGUCUCCUUCUCUGAAGACAACAGCUACUUCGUCACGGCAGGAAACCGACACGUCAAGUUCUGGUACCUCGACGCCUCUAAAGAGAGACGGGUGAACAGCACGGUGCCUCUGAUUGGCCGAUCAGGAUUGCUAGGGGAACAGAGGAACAGCAUGUUCUGUGGUCUGUCGUGUGGGCGGGGCAACAUGGCCAGCAGCACCUAUUGCAUCACUUCCUCUGGCCUGCUGUGUCAGUUCAACAGCAGGAGGAUGCUUGACGCCUGGGUGGACCUCAAGACCACCUCUGCUCGCUGUCUGUCGGUGAACGAAGUAUUUAUCUUCUGUGGCUGUGCAGAUGGUACCGUCCGACUCUUCAGCCCCCAGAACCUUCAUUACAUCACCUCCCUGCACCGGCCACACUGCCUGGGAGUGGACAUCACACAGGGCCUUCAGCCAGGGCAUCUUUUUGUUGCCGACCCCAAGGCAGAAUACCCAGACACCCUAGCCUUGACCUUUGACCCUGUAACCCGUCACCUGACCUGUGUGUACAACGAUCACAGCGUGUAUGUCUGGGACGUCCGUGACAUCAAGAAUGUAGGGAAGGUCUACUCUGCCCUCUACCACAGCGGCUGUGUCUGGAGUCUAGAGACAUACCCUGACAUGGAUCUGUCCCGCUCCUGUCUGCCCCCUGGGUCUUUCCUCACCUGUUCUUCAGACAGCACCAUCCGGCUGUGGCACAGCGACCCGGGACUGGUGCAGGGAACCAGCUGCCCGCGUAACCUCUACAGCCACGAUCUGUUGAGGAUUGUGUACGUGGGGGAGGAUACCCAACACCUUCAGACGGAUGGGGAGAGAGGAGAGGGGGGCGGGAUGGACGCUAAGUCAGGGAUCAGAGUCCUGGGCAUCAGUCCUGAUGGACAACAUCUGGCGGCUGGAGACCGCAACGGAAACGUACAUAUAUUUGGUCUACAGUUCAUGGAUCAGCUGCAGAAGAUUGAAGCCCACGACUCUGAGGUGCUGUGUCUGGAGUUCUCCCCUGCAGAGACGGGGCUUCACCUGCUGGCGUCGGCCAGUCGAGACCGUCUGAUCCACAUCUUCAACAUGGAGAAGAGCUACAGUUUGGAGCAGACUGUCUAUGACCACUCUGCCUCCAUCACCGCUAUCAAGUUCACUGGAGUCAGCCCAGAGGUCCUCAUGGUGAGCUGUGGUGCUGAUAAGAGUAUCUACUUCCGCACUGCUGAACAGUCUUCGGAGGGUCUGAACUUUGCCCGUAGUCACCACGUAGUAGAGAAGACCACUCUGUAUGAUAUGGACCUGGACGCUACACACACACACACCGCCAUCGCCUGUCAGGACCGGAAUAUCAGAGUGUACAACGUGAAGAGUGGCAAGAUGAAGAAGUGUUUCAAAGGUUCUACAAGUGACGAAGGAACACUGCUGAAGGUUCAGAUGGACCCCGCUGGGAUCUACCUAGCAACAAGCUGCUCUGAUAAGAGCAUCUGUAUCUUUGACUAUGAGUCAGGAGAGUGUGUGGCCACCUUGUUCGGUCACUCAGAGAUUGUGACUGGGAUGAGGUUCAGCCAGGACUGCAGACACCUCAUUACCAUAUCUGGAGACAGCUGUGUGUUCCUGUGGAGGCUGGACUCCCAGAUGACUAACUCUAUGAGGAAGAGACUGGCUGAGAGGAAACGGACAGCUGGAGUGACGACUACCGCCAAAGCUCCGACCAAGGAGCAUCUUAUCCGGAGAGAGACCUUCAUCACUGUGCCAUUGGGCCACCUCCCCCAGGCAGGAGAGGAAGAGGAGGAAGAUGAUCCCAGGACUCCUGCUAGAUGUGACAUCACUCAUGACUUCCUUGGUCUAGACCCCAUGGUUCCACAGACCAACGGCAAACUGCCCAUGUGGGCCAGGAAACUGGGUCCUGCAGCAGGCACCACUGUUCUCCCUGCCGAGCUCCAGCCAGCACACCUCCAGCCGCGCGGGCGCUGGGCAGAGCAUCUCAACCCCCUGGCCAUCCGCUCUGUCCUGGAGACACACAGCCUGCAGCGCCCUCUCUCCCCCACCCCCCGCAGAGCAGAGGGACCAGGAGAGGAGGAGGAGGAGGAAGAUGAGGAGGAAGAUUCAUACUUCCACCCUCAGAGCCUGGACAGCCUGCUUGGAGAGGAGGAGGAAGAUGUGGCUGUGGUGGAGGAGGAAGAUGUGGUGGAGGAUGACGACAACGAAGAUCAGGGUUCUGGGUCUCUUCAGAGGCCUGGGUUCCUGGCCCUACCGGACAGUGACGACAUGUUUGAUCCAGGCCUCAGUAGCUACGUUCUUUACCCGGCUAACAGCACCACGCUGUCCACUGGAGGAGGAGAGGGCCGUGCUGAAGCACCCCCCAGAUCAUCACCGGAGCCUCCAUCAAAUGCCACAGUGGGUGCGAGACCCGGAGAGGCCGACGAGACCCGGAGAGGCCGACGAGACCCGGAGAGGCCGACGAGACCCGGAGAGAGACCCGGAGAGGCCGACGAGACCCGGAGAGGCCGACGAGACCCGGAGAGGCCGACGAGACCCGGAGAGGCCGACGAGACCCGGAGAGGCCGACGAGACCCGGAGAGGCCGACGAGACCCGGAGAGGCCGACAAGCCACAGUGUCUCGUAGCCGCUGUGAAAUUUGGUGGAGGAUCGAUGAUGAUUGAGUUUGGCCAGCGGCAGCAGGGCUGGGGAGGAGAGGACGAGCUGAGUCCAGACAGCGCCUGUUGUGUUGGUUCUGCAGAGAGCCAGGACCAACCCCAGGAUGAUACUGACUCCCUGAGCCAGGUGAGUUCUACAGGUAGUUCUGGAGUGGAGGAAGAGGAGGAAGAUCCACAGACACUCCUUAGACAACACUUUGACACCAUGGCCAACCACCUGAGCAACGAGGAGAGGUUUGAGACUGACCUGUCCAGUCUGCAGACUCCACCCAUAGAGACAGAGAGCCUCUUCCUCAACCCCCGAUUCAGCAUCUCUACACGCUUCCUGUCUCGUUUCCAGAGCCGACUCCGUGGUCCUGGUUCUGCCCUGCGUCCUGCUCCUCUCCCGCCCAGCAUCACCGAGGAGCCCAGCAGCCACUCCUCACCUGACCCGACCCCCAGCCUCAACACUACUCAGGCCAACUCCAAGCAGUUUGUCGUGAGCAGUACUACAGAAUCUGUUCAAGAGGAGAGCCAGACCCCUGUGAGGGGUGCGGAGUGUCAUCCAACGUCUUUAAAGAGGCGCUCCUCUUCGGUCCAGCAGACUCCCCAACCCCGCCAUCGCCUACGCAGCCGCAAAACCAUAGCUGUUCUACACUGGAGAGACACUCUGGGAGAUGUGCCCGAUAAAACCCUGAGGUCUCAGUCUAGUGGUCCGUCAUCAUCAUCCAGCUCCACCCUCAAACCCUCCCAGCCCGGCCUGGACAAGGAGCCCCUGACCCGGCUGCCUCGCCAGCGUUACAUGGGCACCACCACCAGCUCCAGAGCCAAGAGGUCCCAGGGUGAGGGCCUGAACAUCUCCCCGACUGAGGAGCACCCUGCUGGGGGGAAGAUCAUGGAGGCGAGCGCCUCAUCCCUCCGGGACCUCCAGAACGUUACAGACCCGGAGUGCAAGGAGAAUCUGCAGCCCCCUGUAGUCCAGCCCCCUGUAGUCCAGCCCCCUGUAUCCCACACCACCACCCCUUCCUCAGUGGAGCCUCCUGCCAGCCAGCCUCCCUCCGUCCCUCCUUCUCCUGCGGGGAACCACAGAGCCAGAGCAGCUCUCCACCUGGACCUGGCUAUGCCCUCUGACCCCCCCACCCUAACCUUCCCUCUGGCCUCCCACAAGUCCCAGAGGAGUUUUGGAGACUCGACCCGUCCGACCCGCCACGCCUUGGUCACCCCAACUGAGAUGCGUUCUCUUGGGAAGGAGGCGAAGAGGUGCCUCCGUAACAUGGAGGACAGCUUGGUGCCACGGGGAGGAUUACCAGGGCUCCGCAGCAGCCCGGCCCCCACCACGUCUCCGGCCCCCCAUCUGUCCCCAACCCUCCCUAAGGCCCAGCUUACUGAGAACCCCUCCCAUCUGCCCCAGCUGCAGCAGGCUAGCGACAGUCCUGUCUCUGGUUCUGCCUGUUCCUUCCCUCUCCACGGUGACUCUGGUCUCCACAGUGACUCUGGUCUCCACGGUGACUCUGUAGAGGAACCCCUGAACCUUCAGAUGUGUCACCAGGUGGCCAACGAGUUGAGGCACACCAUGAGAAGAGCCGUCACAUUCUACAACAAGGUCUGCUGUAUGACAGACAGCCCAGAGCAGCAGGGCCAGAUGUCGGCCAUUUUAAAAGAGGCCUUUUGUGUGGCUCAGACGGAGCUGGCCUCUGUGUUUCCUUCGGGUCAGACGUCAGCAGCAGGUCACAGCGCCCCCUGUCCCCUGGAGGACUCUCCAGGUCGCCAGCUGAGAGACGACCGGACCGUGGCUCUAUUAGAGAAAUACUCUGAGAUGCUGCUGUUCAUUGCUGAGAAGAAGAUGGACGGUAGCUAGUUGAUGGGUUUGACUAGAUGGGAUGCCCCGCUAAUAUCAGAAGUUACUUUUCGUAGCAGGUUAGGGGAAUUAGGUUAAGGUUAGGAAAAGUUAUCCCUGGACGCGACUCGAAUAUGCACGUUUUAACAGACAUGACCCUAGCUGAUGGAGGAUGAGACAAGACGUCCUUACGUGAAGCAAAUAUUAACUAACCAGAUGUGGGCAAUUAGAUGCUUUCACUUCUCACCAGACUGUUUCAAUAGCAUCCUGUCCCUUCUCACCAGACUGUUUUCAAUAGCAUCCUGUCCCUUCUCACCAGACUGUUUUCAAUAGCAUCCUGUCCCUUCUCACCAGACUGUUUUCAAUAGCAUCCUGUCCCUUCUCACCAGACUGUUUUCAAUAGCAUCCUGUCCCUUCUCACCAGACUGUUUUCAAUAGCAUCCUGUCUCUUCUCACCAGACUGUUUUCAAUAGCAUCCUGUCCCUUCUCACCAGACUGUUUUCAAUAGCAUCCUGUCUCUUCUCACCAGACUGUUUUCAAUAGCAUCCUGUCUCUUCUCACCAGACUGUUUUCAAUAGCAUCCUGUCUCUUCUCACCAGACUGUUUUCAAUAGCAUCCUGUCUCUUCUAACCAGACGGUUUUCAAUAGCAUCCUGUUCCUUUUAACCAACAGCACCUUUUUUAAACCUGACCGGACGACUGUCUCUGUAUAUUAGAAUGUUUAUUUAGAUUAGUUUUAAACCCCAUACUUUCAGUGAAAUGUUUAGCACCUCAUUAGAGACUGACUGAAAUAAGUCACUGGUAAAUACAUGCUUCACAAUCUAGUUUAAAGUCUCCAAAUUGUUUAAAAUCUUUUAGCUUUGUCUUAUUUUCCUAUUUAUCUUAAUUAAUGUUUUAUUUCACAUUUUCUUUUUUUUUUCCUUAUUACUUUAAUUGAAACUCUUUGUUUGUCUUUUUUGUGUGUUUUGGUAGCUGUUGUCAUUUUUCGAUUUAUUUAGCUCUCUCACAAAAGCAUCUCAAAGAAGUACUGAUCUAGGAUCAGUUUAUCAUUUUUAGAUGCGUUUGUUUUUUUAUUGUUUUUUUUAAAUGAAUACGAUUACAUUAGACAGAUCCUAGAUCAGCACUCCUUCUCUUGGAUGCUUUGUGGCCUACGAGCCCAGGUCCUUAACCCCAUUCUGUAUCUAACCUUGUAACCAUAGUGACGCUUUAUUUUAAAACGUCAUCUAUUCGAGCAUCAAAGCAGUCAAUGAGGAGUCAUUCAGCCACAACCAAAGUGACCUGCUUCAAUCAGUGUUUACAUUUGAAUCUCUUUAUUAUUAUGGUCUGUUUCUUUUGACCUGUCCAGGUAUUUGUGUACCAGGUUAUGUUUUGCUAGUUGAUACUGAGUUCUCUCUAUUCAAGCAGUCAAGUCGAGUUCAGUAUUCAUAGUGUGGUUUCUGCUUGCUUCCUAUAUUGAGGUUGGAGCCAACGGACACUAGUGUUAAGGGCUCUAUUAUGUUAAAGCCUGUGGAAUCAGAUGGGUAGAAUAGUCUCACCGUCACCUGCAGUGUUUUGUACAGUUUCCCUGUGGUGUUUCACCUGUGUACUUCAUGGUUUCUUGUGAAAUUGUUCAAUUUCAAUGUAAAUUAUUUGUAAUAGUUUUACCUUUCUGCUUUUGCAUUCAUACAAAAUGUAUAUUUUACUAAGAAUGUGUAAUAAAGUUUUUUUUUUUACA